AUGACAAAAUGUCUGCAUCGUUCAUCAUCAUCAUUGGAAAUAACUCCACUAGAGGAUAGUGAUGAUAUUGAUUUAUUUUCUUCUUCAAAUAGAAUUCGACGUCGAACGAAGAUUUCUGGUCGAUAUCAAUCUGAUAUAUAUACGGGUUUAAUAUCAUCAAAUCGUAGGUAUUCAAAUGGAAAAUUUAAAACACGUCUUGAACAAUUAAUAACAAUAAAUGAUGAUGAUAAAAUACGUUGA